AUGGCGGCGGCGGCGGAGGCGGCGGAGCCCUGGCGGCCGGCGGCUCCGCGGAGGAGGCGCCCAGCGGCUCGGCGGCCGCGGCACAGGCAGAGGCCGGCGGCGGCGGCGGCCGGGGACCCCGAGGCGGAUCCCGACGUGGACGGCGGAGUCGUGCUUCGCCGCAUCCGGGAGGCCAGGGAAGACCUGCGAGUUUCUGAUUUCUGGAGCUCAGCACUGGAAACCAUCAACAGAUGCCUUAUGAGACAUCUGGGACAGCUGGAUGCCCCUGCGGGGACCCUGCCGGAAGCCAUUGGGAGCCUGCACCUCGACUCAUCACCCCCCGGCUCGGGGGCGGCUCCCGGCCGCGGCCCGAGAGCCAGCCUGGCCCCGGGGGCCCGCGGCUGGAAGUGUGUGUGUUACGGCGUCGGGAGCUUUGCCACCUGCGUCAUCGCCAGAAACCAGCUAGCGUUUUUGCUUCUCUUCCUGGAAGAGUGCCAGAUCCCCAGGAGUCACUGCUGGGUGUAUGACCCUCUGUUUAGCCGGCUGGAAAUUGCAGUGCUCACCGCCCUCGGGGUGACUGUCCUCGGGGAGAACGAGGAAGGGAAGCGGAGUGUGUGUGGCGAGCCCACCAUCUUCUACAUGCUGCACUGCGGGACCGCCCUGUACAACAACCUUCUGUGGAGCAACUGGUCCGCUGACGCCCUCUCCAACAUGGUCGUCAUUGGCAACAGCUUCCGCGGCCUGGAGGAGAGGUUGUUGACAAGGAUUCUGCAGAAAAACUAUGCCUAUGUUGCACAGGUUUUAGGCGGCCUGGAGGAGCAGGCACUGCCCCAGACGGCACAGUACUCGGACGUGUUCAAUGACACCUCUGUGCACUGGUUCCCAGUCCAGAAGCUACAGCAGCUCCCCGCCGACACCUGGGCAUCUCGGGAAGAGCCCGAUUACCGGGACUGCGAGGACCUCGAGAUCAUCAGGAGCCAGGCAGGUGCCUCAGCUGCCGGCCAGGCAGGGCCGUGA